AUGAUUGCUCUAAAUUUUAUAAAAUUAUAAACUGCCAUGCUUUUCUUGUGUUAAUUACAGAAGAUUUAAGCAUAUCAGGAAACACACGAAUGUCAAAAUAUUAUCUUAAAACAAAAUGAAAAGCUUUGUGAAUUAAGAGAAAUAAGUACUUUUUUUAUUGGUUAAAAAAGCGAUAACUUAACCAAUAUUAAUACAUUAUAAUAACAUGAAGACUUAAUCUAAGUCUCAAGUGGACCAAUUAUAUACUCAAAAGAUGAUAAAAUUAUAUCUAUAUAUUAUAGGGAACUUAUUGAUGCUAAUGAAAUUUGUUCAUUAAUUUAUAAUCCAAAAAUAAAUGAGUAUUCAAUAAAACUUAUUUCAACAGAAACAACUUAUAUUAUCGAUAGUAAGAUGACAUUAAAAAUUAAAAGUCAGAUUAAUAUUCUCAUACAAACAGAAUCAAAUUUUAAUUGCACCUACUUUUAUUAUAACACUAAAGGAUUUAUUGUAUUUUGCCAUUCAAUUGAUUCGCUUAUAUUUUACUAACUAUAAAAAGAAGAGUAAGAAUACAAAUAAAGUAUUAUACACAAAUCAGAAAUACUUAAUUUGUCCUGUAGUGUAAAAUUUCAAUAAUUAUCUAAUCAAUUUCUUAUUAUAUACUGUUAAUGUUAAGAAUGGAUAAUUUACAUCUAUGAUGACAACUCUAUCAAGCUUUAUUUAGAUCAAAAUAUAUUGCGUGAAAAAUAUAAUGUAGAAGGCAUUCUUCUUGAUGUUAUAACAUGUUAAAGUAAUAUUGUCCUUCUACUUUCCACAGGCGGAUAUUCAAUUUUUCAAGGAUUUUUUACAUGUCUAUUUUAUAAAGAAAAUCUAAAUUUGAAUGAAAUUCUAAUUUAUUAUAAUAUGAGUUGUUAAAUAAGAUUCGCAUUAAAAAGUUCCUCCUAAAACGAAUCUAGAUCAACAUUUCCUUUUCAUUUUAAUGAUUUAAUUCUCAAUACAACAUCAAUUCCAAAAUCAGCGUUUUUAUUUAACAAUCCAAUAAGUAUCCUUCUUUGGUAUCAUGAUUAACUACUUUUUUAGGUAAAUUCACUUGUAAAUCAAGCUAUUAAAAUCAAAAUUUAACGUCUAAUAUAGCUUUCAAAUAAUAAACUUUAUAUAGGCAUGGAUGAAGAAAAUUAAAUAACUUUAUUUUAGAUUACAUAUUCAAAACCAUGCAUGCCAUAUUAUGGAGGAAAUUAAAAUAUCACUAAAUAUUACCUUCAAUUUCUUUAUACAGCAAAUCCAAAUGUGAUGAUAAAGGAGUUUUUUCAUUGUUAUAAACCAAUCAUCAUCGAAAAUGAAGAAUAGAAAAAGGAAUAUGCAGUUCUUUUUACUACAGUAAAUAAUAAAUUUUAUAUUGAAAGAUAGAGUUAUGAGGAAUCCUUCAUAGUUCAAAUUUCGACAUCUUCUAUUUAAUCAAUCUAUCCUUAUAAAAUGAACUUUCGAUCUUAAUUAACAGAAACUAAUAUUUAGUUAAAAAAUAAUUAAAUAUAAUGUAGAUUCAAUCAAUAUUUAAAGAAUUAUAAAGGGAGAUUUAUUAUUAAAACUAAAAAUUAGGAAUUUUAUUCUAUAAUCGUUUAAGGAUUGAAAAAUUAAAUUAAAGAAUAUAGUUGUUUUAGCUCAUAAGAUUUUAUUUAUCAUAAUAUGCAUGGCUUAGAUGAAUAAAUAUUACAUAGAUUCUAAAAUUUGAAUGUUUUGAUAUUCUUAGAUAAACAGAGAUAGUGUCUAUAUAGAAUUCAUCUAGAUGAAGAUUUAAAAAAUGAUAUAAUUAAUAAAAUAGUGUGUUUGGAUUCAAAAGUUGAAAAGAUGUUUGGGGUUAGUUCUUAAAUUGUCCUAAAAUUGAAGGAUUAAGAAGUAUUCUACAAUUUGUUUUCAAAUAUAGGUUUAAUACAAGUUGAAAAAAACUUAGUUCUAAGCUAAUUAAAAAAUAAAAACGUUUAAGAUAUUUUUUAAAUAAAUGCAGACUUUUAUGGAGUGCUGUAUGAAAAUUAGCUACAUCUCGUAUAUAAAUAAGUAACUGUAUAAAGUAUAAUUUAUUUAUAUAUUAGUUAUAAAUAUUACUGCUAUUAUUCUUGGCUUCCUUGUUAAUUCUCAAACUAAUUUACUAUCAAGCUUAGUGUUAAUAGAUCUAAAGAAGAAUGAACUGCAAUUUUAUGUGGUUUAAUUAAAUGAAUUUAUACAAAUUAGAAAUUAUAAUUUAGAGAAUUAUGUUCCUGUUCAACCUCCUUCAUUUAAAAUAUUUGAAUCUAAGAUAAUAAUUUCAUGUUAUCAUAAAAUUAAUAAAAGAUUAUAUCUUUUGAUUUUCAACAGUGCCUUUCAGUCUAGUCUACAUUUCUUAUAGAAAGUUAUUGAAAUAAGCAAUUAAAAUUUUUGGGUAUACAAAUUUUAUGUUUAUUAUUAUGAUGAUAAAAAUUAAUUAGCUGUUUACGAUACGUUACACAUCAUUUUGGAAAUUCAGAAUUUAGGAUUAAAUAACUAAAUUAGCUAAAAAUUAACUUUUUAAGUUGAAUUAGAUUCAGAAAACAUAGAAACUGCUCAAUUUAAAAAGGAUAUCACUAUAUCAUUGAUUAAUCCAAGGUUUCUUAAAUUAAGGACAGUAAAUUAUACUUUAUCUAUUAAAAAUGAUAAUUAAGUAGUUAAUUUUAGAAACUUUAUUCUUGGAUAAAUUGACGAUAUUAUUUUACCCUCUACUAAAAAUUUUAUAUUAAGAUAUCCUUUAGAAAAAGAAGUGCUUUAUUCUUGUUCAUAUUAUUGUAGUAAGUUAUGCUUUUAAGGUAAUAAUUCUGAUGAUCUAACAUUUUUUUAAAUUGAUAAAUUCUAGUAGAAUUAAUUAGUUUAUAAUUUACAGAAGUAUCUUUAUAAUCCUUUAUUUGUGGAGGCUAUGAAAGAAGAUUUAUUUUUGUUUAUAAAUUAAAUAUCUAAUUUAAAUAUUAUGAUAUAAGUGGUGUUACUGAAAGACAAUCUCUUUAGAAUUAAAAAGUAAUUAGAUGUAAUAAUUUUCGCAUCGAUAUCAAAUAUAUAAUUAAAGUAGAAUAUUUUAAUAAUUGAAACUUCUUAAUAUGAGACCAGAUUCUUAAUUAAUGAUCAUGGCAUAACUUAGGUAGAGUCACAGGGCUAAAUUUAUCAUAUAAAUUAGAACAUGUAUAUAGAAAUAAUGGCAAAUGUCUAUGGAAAAGUUAUUAUAAUUAACUUGCUCGAGAUAUCUAAUUCAGAGCCCAGAAUUUAAGGAACUUUUGAAAUAUUAGUCUUGAAUACUUCAAUGAAGAACCUAUUCUUAGAAUAAGGAUUUCCCAUAUUAUUAGAAUCCAUUAAAUUAAUAAAAAAAGACUAUAAUUAAAACGAGGAUUAACUUAAUUUAAUGUUAUUUAUAAUCAGUAGAUAAACAUAUGAUGUGUAAUUCUAAGUUCGUCUUUAUCUAAAAGAAUAAAAAUAUGAGUUUAUCAACCACAAGAUUUUAAGAUGUCCCAAAACGAUUAAAUCCUGCAUCUAUGUUAUGUUAACUGAAGAAGAAAUCAUUUUAGAUUGUGGAUUGAAAAGAUAUUUUUAUGAUAUGUAAAACUCUGACUAUCUUUUUGAUCCAAUAUAUACAUCGAAAUCACUUGAUUAAAUCGAUAUAUUAAAUAGUACACAUUAUUUAUUUGUUAAUUAUUGUUCUAGCAAUCAAUCAUAUGUAUUAUCUGUAGGAAAAAGAGGAGGAUAUAGAUUAUAAAAGUUAACGUAAAAUUAUAACAAAUCUAUGUCACUUGAACUCUAAUUUAUCAAUGAUGAUAUAAUAGAGAAAAGUAAAUUAAUUUUGAUCUAUUAUUAGAUAAUAUUACCUUCAACCUUCAAGUGAUUUAAACAAAUAUUGAAUUAAAUGAAUUUUCUUAAUUAACCUUUGUGAUUUUAAUUAUGAUUUUUAUGAUAUUUCUGGUAACUAUAGGAAUUCUGUAUAGAUAAUGUACACAAAGAUAGUUAAGGAAUGUAAUCAAAACUGAAAUUUCAUUAGUUGAAAUUAAUAUGAGAUAUAAUUCAAAAAUUUGA